UCUUGUGGUCAUCAUCAUCAUCUGACUGCAAAACACCACUGAGGUCACCCUGGAAAGAGAAAGCCGCUAUUCUUUUCCUAAAGAGAAAAGGGGCAUCUGGCCACCCAGUGCCGCCAGAUGGGGGUGAGCGUGCCUCCCUCCUGUUGGGCACACCACUGAUGCCCAGGGAAGGGCCAGCUGCCCGCACAGCCUCAGCCACCCCCCACUGGCGUUUUCUGCAUUGGAAGCUUACUUUUUUUUUUCCUUAUUAAAAAAAGAAAAGAAAGCCCCAUUCCUGACUGCUGCAAAAGAUGCUGAGAAGGAAGUUUCCAGCGCGACGCCAAGAAGGGAAACAAGAGGGGGAAAGAGAGGGUAAAUGGGUUUGCAUGACGUUUCCUACACACUAAGGCAGUUCCAUGUCUUGCUUGACCAGCCAGUACCGAGCAUUCCUAAGCAGGCCUACUCAGAAGAAAGUCUCAUUUUAUUCAGUAGUGCUUACUUCCAGGACUGUUCCUGUAUUCUACGGACACGAGUUGAAAGAUUCGGAGCAGAAAAGAACUCUGAGGACAGCAGCAGUGAAGACUCGGCUGAAGCAACAUAUUUCUGCUUGGCAGAUGAAUCUGCUGUAUUUUGGAGCCAUUCGUCUAGAAGAAGAGAUGAACAAAUAUCGUGGUCCUCCGAUGUAUCACAUUAUGAUCUCCAGGUGGAAAUAGGAAAGGGAUGCAACAACCUGACUUCCGUCUACCUCGCCCGUCAUAUCCCUACAGGAACCCUGGUGGCUGUUAGGAUUACGGAUCUGGAGAGAUGUUCUGAAGAACACUUGAAAGCUUUGCAAAAUGAGGUGACAUUAUCCCAUGCCUUUCGACAUCCCAAUAUCAUGACCCUUUGGGCAGUGUUCACCGCUGGAAGCUGGCUCUGGGUCAUUUAUCCUUUCAUGGCAUAUAGUUCAGCCAGUCAUCUGCUGAGGACUUACUUUCCUGAUGGCAUGAGUGAAGCCUUGAUAGGAAAUAUCCUGUUUGGCGCCAUUAGCGGGUUAAGCUACAUGCACCACCAUGGCUAUAUUCACAGAAGUAUUAAAGCUAGCCACAUACUGAUUUCAGAGGAUGGCUUCGUCUACCUAUCUGGGUUAAACCAACUUUACAGUUUAGUCAACAAUGGACAAAGGUUAAAAGCUGUGUACGACUUCCCCCAGUUUAGUACAUCAUUGCUUCCUUGGCUGAGUCCUGAACUACUGAGACAGGAUAUAUAUGGAUAUAAUGUGAAAUCUGACAUCUACAGUGUUGGGAUUACAGCAUGUGAACUAGCUAAUGGGCACGUACCCUUUCAGGAUAUGCCUCGCACACAGAUGCUGCUGCAGAAACUGAAAGGGCCACCUUAUUGCCCCUGGAGUUCAAAUUCUUUUCCAUGCAGUGAAUCCAGGAUAAAAAAUUCCCGGUCGGGGAUUGACUCUGGAAUCUGCGAGAGCAUGACUCGCACAAUGACCAGCGAGAGACUGCAGCCGCCGCCCAAAACCUUCUCCCCUGCUUUUCAUAAUUUGAUAGAACUCUGCUUGCAGCAAGACCCUGAGAAAAGGCCGUCAGCAAGAGGUCUUCUGUCACACUCUUUUUUCAAGCAGGUGAAAGAACAAAGCAAAGGUUCAUUGCUUUCGCUGUUGACUCCUGCUAUCCAACAUACCCAGUCACAAAUACCAGCAGUGCGUUCGUCAGCCAUUUGGAAUAAAUCUAACUGUAUUUGGACAAAUGAGAGAGAGAGAUUCUGGGAAUUCUAGAGCGAUUUAAGUCCUACUUCUGCCAUAUAUCUCCUGGAAAAAUGUGAUUAUUUUUGCUGCUUUUCUUGUUUUUUUAAAAAAACGUUAAAAUAUAAAUAUUGGUGGUAUACUUGAAAACGGUAAGAAAAAGUUGUACAGGUUAUACGUUAAAGAUCAUUGGACUUUUCUUCCAAAGUGAUACUGUGAGGAUAUCUUGCCUCUCAUUAGUUAGCUGGUAGAAGUGCCUGCACUCUCAAACCUCUCAUUUUCCCUCUUGGGGAUUGCAGUGUGGUGGCGCAGGCCUGUGAUAAAAUGCUCGCUUACUGUGGCACUGAGAAUGUGUUUCCACUGUUACCAAAAAUGCUGACAAAUUUUUUAUCAUUGUAGCUCUGAGUACAUGUUCCUGGAGCUCAGAAAGCCCAAUGAGAUGAGGCCAGCAGUUGGCUUGGGUGGUAAAUCUGAGCCAUAGAAGAGUUCCUCCUUCUCUCUGUUGCCCCACCCUAAAUUAUCUGCCUCAUUGAUGGUGAGUUGGCAAUGUGAAACGGCUACGAAAAAGACUUUCAAUGUUUGGUUCCCCCCCACCCCAUCUCCUCCCCACUGCAACGGACCCUCCUGAGGACAUUGCUGCAUGUGCUAUCCAUUCCCACCUCUCUUGAGAGCUCAGAUUUUAGCUUUAAUAAUCAAAGAUUUUAUAUUUUGUUUAAGCCAAAUUCCCAGAGGUUGCAGACUCCUGAUCCAAGGUGAACCAGGGGUGGGGCAGGGGGAGCUCACAUCCCUAGUACUGACUUCUACAUGCUGACCUAACAUCUUGUUUCCAGUCUCCCCCUGAGAUGUUUUUAAAUGUACAGUAAAAGCCACGUAAAUAUGUAACCACACAUAUAACAUUUUCUUUCAUGCCUUUUCUUAUUUACAAAAUGUGACAGUAUCGGUCAGUUUCUGAGGGCUUUUCUACCCAUGUUUUUACCAGUUGUUGAAGUAGCGAUCACUGUACCCUGAAAAUAGCUGUGAGAUUUUUUUUUAAUGCAAGGUAUUAACUCCCUUCACAAAACCUAACCAAGGCAGAAUAAAUAAAUUGGUUAAACCAUUACAAAAACUUGAAAUUACUUGAUUAUGUUCUUGGAUGCUAACUGGGUCACAACUCUGAAUGGUAUCUGGAAUGAAUGACACUGCUCAAAACUCAACCCUAGUUGGUCUUGAAGAUGUAUUUUGAAUGGCAUAAUCUGUAGGGCUUGCAUGUACGGAAAGGGAACUGAACAUGAGAGGCAAGAAUGCCUGUUGAGCCGUACAGACAGACCAUCGGAUGAAACCGUGGCAUUGGUACAUGGUUGGUAAAACCAUGCCGUUCCAUGCAUUUCCCUUGAAGCAACAGUUCACAAGGAAAGACGACCUUCGCCUUUCUGCCUCUGACUUUUUUUGAUGUUUCUUUUGUUAAGAAGACAAACACGAGCCAACAUGAUGGUGAGAAGCAACAGCUUACGAGAAACUGAAGAUUGAUUUCUGUUCUUUUUAAUUUAGUACUGUGAAUGACUGAAUAAACGUGAACUGUAACCAAAAUUUGUUGCUCUCUGUAUGACAUAUCUCUGUAUGGCAUACCAUUUUUCUUCUUGUACAUUCUAUUUGAUCAUUUAAAAUUGAUUUUUUUAUGUAUAGCUAAAAAGACUGUCAUCUUACAGAGUUAAUAUCAGAGAUGUGAUGCAGUCGACAUCACCAGCAUUGUUCUGACGAGGAAACUACUGAAGUAAAAUUGUGCAUUACCAAUCUCACUCCCACACAGGCAUAACUGGAAUAAAAGGUACUACUUAUUUAAA